AUGUACUCCUCGCCCAUAAACAAUCGUAGUAGACCUAGUUCUCCAAACCCACCUUACGGACAUGCUUCUCCUCCCAAUGGACCUGCUGGGUACCCAGGAUACUACGGCGCUCCUGCUCCGUAUGGUGCGCCGAUUGGGGGACCGAUGAGCAGCGGGCCUCCUCCAAAUCCCCAGAACGCUUCCCCUGCAGCUGGAUUCCAUGUUGAAAAAAGAGCCAAGUCCCCCAAUCCUUAUGGUCAACCUGUUACUACUGGCGUGUACGCACCAGCACCCCGCGCGCCCAUUAGCGGCGGCUCACCGCCCGUCCAACAAUACUACAAUCAGCCCACUGGUGGACCCCACAGCAGAGGACCGUCUCCUGCCCCGCCUGGUAUGGCGCCUCGCCCUCUUAGUCAGAAUUUUGAUGGUCAAGGGUACUAUGGUGCACCCUCUGCUUACGGUGCACCGAUCGGGAGAUCCGCGUCGCCAAACCCACAUGAUGCCUCCAGCGGAUUCCAAGUUGAGAAGAGGGCAAAAUCACCCAAUCCUUAUGGAAGACCUCCUACCGCACAACCAGAAGCAAAUGCUUACCGGGAUGAAAUGGUGUAUCGAGAGCAAAUUUCAGCUUUGUUGGCCGCCAAAAGCCAUCAGACUGCAAUCACUGGACGUAUUCCUAUUGACCCUACUCAGCUCUCUCUUUUCUUCCGAGGCAAAGAUGGGAUUUCCUAUUCCCUCGACUUCCCAAUUGAUACCGGAUACUCUGCACCUCCCACAUUAGACGUGCUGGUGUCCAUCUGCAGGCCUAAACGAGAGAGGGAAGCUCUCACUUAUCCCCCUGGCCUUCGACAUACGACAACGUUGGAAAUAUCGAAUCACCCCGUUCUCGAAACCAUUCGCAACAUCCUGUUCUCCAAGUUCCCAGAUGGUCACUAUCUGACAGCCGUAAGGGAUAGUCUGGAUGUAGCUAUCACUGGAAGCUACGUCUCAAAGAAUUCUCCGGCGCAUUUACGUCAGGACAACAGAGUAGCUACCCUCCUUCUCACGCUGCCUGUGGCGUACCGUGGUGGUGCAAUUGUCGUCACUGACAAAGAGGGCAGGGAAGAGAAAUUCCUAGGAAAUGGAGGUAAACCGACUGAGAUCGAGUGGGUUGCCUUCCGACCCGAUUCAACUUAUGCCGUCGAGCCCGUGCAAAAUGGAUGCAUGAUCACAAUUUCCUACGCACUAUAUCUUAAAACGUCUGGCGUAGCAAAUCCGACGGUAGAUAAUUUGGUGACACCCAGCGACAAAUUCUUCAAUUUACUCUCACCGAUCCUAAACAACAAUCGGGGACGAAGCAUUGGUUUCCUUCUGGGUAAUGAUUACAAUGUUGACCCUUCAGAGGUCGUGGCCAACUCGCUAAUUCCUCAGCUCAAAGGCGGAGACGCCCUAUUGUACGAAGCGUUCAAACUACAUAAAUUGUCCCCUCAAUUGCGAUGGCAUGCUGGCGGAUUUGUUUGGCCAGCUGACCAGACACUUGAGUCAUUUGGAGACGAAGACGAGGUUGAUGCCCGGCCAAUGGCAAAUAUGCCCGCCCCGCUUGGCAGACCGCUGUUCGGUGGUCCAAACGCGCAAGGAGGUGACGACUUACGAGCCAAGGUCCAAAGCAGCGGUGGUGUCCCUCUGGCAGAAGCCAGCAUUAUCUUGAUCACUGAUCCAAAAGAGCAUGCGCCAGUCGUCGGCCGUGAGCGUGUUUUCUUUGUUUCAAAGGGCGAGUUGGAGAAGCUGGUGGUGAAUGUCUUGCUUGUGGUUUACAUCCCUUGA